AUGCUGCCACCCGACACUGCCGAGCGCGACUCGUCCCCCGACUCGGACGUGGCCUCGCCCGACGACGACGCCCUCUCGUCGCGGCUCCACCUCCCGCCGCACUCGCUCGUGUCGGCCGACCAGGCGUACGAGGGCGACACCCCAAACGUCCUCGCAGACCACUUGUUCCUGCGACCGCAACCCCCCUCGCGCACCUCGUCCUGGCACUCGAUCCUCAACCACCACGCGGUGCCGCCAUCCCCACCCCCCACACCUCCUCGCUCCACCUCGCACCACCACCAGCCCGCCCACUCAAAGAGCAAGAGCCGCACCCGCAACCUCAAGUGGUACCGCCGCCCCUCGCCCAUCUGGUUCUUCCCCGGCACGUUCCUCCUCGCAAUGUCGGGCGGCAUGAUCAUCUCGCCCAAACUCGAAAUCUACACCCAGCUCAUCUGCCGCGCCAUGCCCGUCGAGAAAUCCCACGUCUCGCUCCCACCCCCGGUCCUCGACGCCCAACCCGUCUCGGCCAUCAACCCCGUCGCCGGCGCGCCCAUCUCGACCAAGCCCGACUUCAACUCGACCACCUCGCACGCCCGCAACGACCGCCUCUUCUUCGAGUGGUCCGCAUCCCCCGCCCCCGUCCUCGGCGUCGACCACGACCGCGACGGCCACCUCGACCUCGACUCGGCCCAGGCCACCACCAACGGCGACUCGUGGAGCCUCCAGUGCCAGAAGUCGAGCGCCGUACAGGCUGCCGUCGCUCAACUCGCUCUCGUCCUCGCCCUCAUGAUGGGCGUCCUCUCGGCCCUCACGACUGGCUGGUGGGGCGCCUUCUCGGACCGCCGCGGUCGCAAGCCCGUCCUCCUCUUGGCCCUGUGCGGCACCGUCAUGAUGGACUCGGUCUUCCUCCUCGUCGUCAACUUUCACUCGACCCUGUCGUACAACUUCCUCUUUGUCGGGCCCUUCCUCGACGGCGUCGUCGGCGGCUGGGCAGACUAUCAACAGCAAACGCAUGUGUAG